UCUGCAAACAGUUUGUCAGCAGAGCAGCUUUCUGUUUUGACAAUUUAGAAUUGUAUCUUCAUCUUUGAAAAAAGACAUGGUUGAUGAGCUAGUUCAAUUUUAAGAUGUUUUACUUAGAAGAUGAUAGUGAAGAUGAGAAGGUUCAUGAAGGCUCAUUAAGUAAAACUGAAGAUGUUUACCAUGGAAAGGCCCCUGCUGGUAUUCUGUCUCAAACCAUGAAUUAUGUGGGACAGCUGGCCGGGCAGGUGAUUGUCACUGUGAAGGAGCUCUACAAGGGUAUUAACCAAGCCACCUUGUCUGGGUGCAUCGAUGUCAUUGUAGUGCGACAGCAGGAUGGCACCUAUCAGUGUUCACCUUUUCAUGUUCGAUUUGGGAAGCUGGGAGUCCUGAGAUCCAAAGAGAAAGUGAUUGAUAUAGAAAUCAAUGGUGAUGCAGUGGACCUGCAUAUGAAAUUGGGUGACAAUGGAGAAGCUUUCUUUGUGGAGGAGACUGAAGAGGAAUAUGAAAAACUUCCUGCUUACCUUGCCACUUCACCAAUUCCUACCGAAGACCAGUUCUUUAAAGAUAUUGACUCCCCUGUGGUCAAAUCAGGUGGAAAUGAAAGACCGUCUCAGAGUUCCAACAUCUCACACAUCUUGGAAACAGAGCCAGUUUUUACUCCAAGUUCUGUGAAAAAGAAAAAACGAAGGAGAAAGAAAUGCAAACAGGACAGUAAGAAAGAAGACCAGGCAGCUUCCCCUGCUGCAGAAGACACCAUGGAUGUGGAUCUGAGCUCUGAUGAUGACAAGGGGGCCCAAUCAGCAAGAGGAUCUUCAAAUGCUUCCUUAAAGGAAGAAGAAUAUAAGGAGCCUCUGCUCUUCCAUUCUGGAGAUCACUACCCCUUAUCUGAUGGAGAUUGGUCCCCUUUGGACAACCCUUAUUCCCCAGCGUGUCCGAAGAGUGAUUCAGAGCUGGAGGUGAAACCCGCCGAGAGCCUGCUAAGAUCCGAGUCCCACAUGGAGUGGACAUGGGGCGGGUUCCCAGAGUCCACCAAGGUCAGCAAGCGAGAGAGAUCUGACCAUCAUCCUAGGACAGCUAUGAUUACACCAUCAGAAAAUACCCAUUUUCGGGUCAUUCCCAGUGAGGACCACCUCGUAAGUGAACUUGAGAAGGAUGCGUCCAUGAGAGAAACGGUCUGUACCAUAGUGAAACCCAAACCCAGAGCCCUGUGUAAGCAGAUCAGCGAUGCAACUUGCGCUGCAGAACUUCUUGAGCCUCCCCUUGAGCCUCAGAUUUCAUCUCUGUUAGAUGCAGACCACCUUCCUAACCCGUCGUUAGUGGAGGCUCCCUCAGAAUCAAAACCAACAACUAAAGUAGACUCGCCAUCAAAGAAGAAAGGUGUCCACAAGAGAAGCCAACACCAGGGACCUGAUGAUAUUUACCUAGACGACUUAAAGGCCCUAGAACCUGAAGUUGCAGCUCUCUAUUUUCCUAAAAGUGAAUCAGACCCUGGCUCCAGGCAGUGGCCUGAGUCUGACACGCUCUCUGGCUCCCAGUCCCCACAGUCUGUGGGAAGCGCAGCUGCUGAUAGUGGCACCGAGUGCCUCUCGGAUUCUGCUAUGGACUUGCCCGACGUCACCCUCUCUCUUUGUGGGGGCCUCAGUGAGAAUGGAGAAAUUUCUAAAGAAAAAUUCAUGGAGCAUAUCAUUACUUAUCAUGAAUUUGCAGAAAACCCUGGACUUAUAGACAACCCUAACCUUGUAAUACGGAUAUAUAACCGUUACUAUAACUGGGCUUUGGCUGCUCCCAUGAUCCUUAGCUUGCAAGUGUUCCAGAAAAGUUUGCCUAAGGCCACGGUCGAGUCCUGGGUCAAAGAUAAGAUGCCAAAGAAGUCUGGUCGUUGGUGGUUUUGGCGUAAGAGAGAAAGUAUGACCAAACAGCUGCCAGAGGCCAAGGAAGGGAAAUCCGAGAUGCCACCCACUGGUGACCUGCCAUCAAGCACAAAGGAGCCAGCCAGUGGCAGGCCAGCAGAAGAUGACUCAUCCAGUGAUGGGGGAUCACAGGAGAUUGAAGAAUCGAUCAAAAUGGACCCCAUUCUCACAGAGUCCCCGAGCCACGGCAGCAUAACCUCAUAUAAAAAGUCUCUCCGCCUGUCCUCAGACCAGAUCGCAAAACUGAAGCUCCAAGAUGGCCCAAAUGAUGUCGUAUUUAGUAUUACAACCCAGUAUCAAGGUACCUGCCGUUGUGCAGGGACCAUUUACUUGUGGAACUGGAAUGACAAGAUCAUCAUUUCCGAUAUAGACGGAACAAUAACCAAGUCUGACGCUUUGGGACAGAUUCUUCCACAGCUGGGUAAAGACUGGACUCAUCAGGGUAUCGCAAAGCUCUACCAUGCCAUCAACGAGAAUGGCUACAAGUUUCUGUACUGCUCUGCUCGUGCCAUCGGCAUGGCCGACAUGACCCGUGGCUACCUGCACUGGGUUAAUGACAAGGGCACAAUCUUGCCUCGAGGUCCUCUGAUGCUGUCCCCCAGCAGCUUGUUCUCUGCCUUCCACAGGGAAGUGAUAGAAAAGAAACCAGAGAAAUUCAAAAUUGAGUGUCUAAAUGAUAUCAAGAAUCUGUUUGCCCCAUCUAAGCAGCCCUUCUAUGCUGCCUUUGGAAACCGUCCAAAUGAUGUCUAUGCUUACACACAAGUUGGAGUUCCAGACUGCAGAAUAUUCACCGUGAAUCCCAAGGGUGAAUUAAUACAAGAAAGGACCAAAGGAAACAAGUCAUCGUAUCACAGACUGAGUGAGCUUGUGGAGCACGUGUUCCCACUUCUCAAUAAGGAACAGAAUUCUGCCUUUCCGUACCCUGAAUUCAGCUCCUUCUGUUACUGGCGAGAUCCAAUCCCCAAAGUGGACCUGGAUGACCUGGCCUGAGGCGGCCCCUCCAGGAGGUCCUCAGUCUCUUAUCUUGCAGUUAGGGAAGGUGACCAGCACUUCUGCUGGACAGAGGACACUGGGUUCCCCUUCCAUCCACAGGCCCGGGGCAGGACCCGUGUUGACAGCUAGGCACCAGCAGGGGCAAGGAGAGCUCCUACAGUGGAACUGCCAUCAACUUCACCCUCCCAGGCUCAGCGAGGUUACAACUUGGUGCCCCAGCAGGAGAAGUGAGGGCAGCUCAGACCUGAGGACAGAGACCUGGGCUCCUGUCACUGGUCGGUUCUCACACACACUCUGUGUCAAGUUGUGUGCUGGGUGCUCCUUUAAUUGCUUAAUUUAAAAGGAAGAAAAAAGAAGCUAAAUAAGAGUGGACCAAACUAUUGCACAAAGUAAAGUGUUAUAACUUCCACUGGGCAGUUGAAAGUGUUUCUCUGAAACCAGGGCUUUAUUAAGAAGAUCUGUGUCCACCAGGCUGCUACAGGUCCCAUUAAUGAUGUUGGUUCAGACUGCUUGCUCACAUUCCCUCUGUGGGCUCCUCCUUCCCUGCUACACUGAAACAGGUCAGCUGCUGGGGCAGGGACCCAGGGCCACUCAUCCCACCCCACAGAUACAGGCUUCUGGGGAGGAAGAGCCCCAUAGAUCAUGGCCUUCUCAUCUGUGACUACUCGAUGAUGGAAGACCCUUAUGUUUUGAACCUAGCCAGAAGAAAUGGUUUUGCAGUAUAUUUGAUGUCUGUAAGAACAGGACUAACAGUGGAAUUAGUUAAACAGCAAAGAACAACUCUGUUUUCAAGGAGGCCUUGGAAAUGCAGAUGUGCACUUGCGGUGGCUCCUGGGAAGAGUCCUUCUCUCCGUCCUUCCUGCCCCUCAGGUUCUCAGCUUGGUUGUAAUGUCCUCAUGUCAAAGUCUGAGCCAACAGCACCAGGGAAGGCUUCUGUCCUCUAAGCUAAGAGCCUGGAGAUAUCAGACUGGGUGUUGACAAUCAACUCAGUACUGAAAUCCAGAGAACUGUUGGAAAGGAGACUUUCAGGAGACCAGAACUUACCAUAGUCGCCUUGGUGAGAAAGCAUUGAGCCAAGAUCCAGUGCAGAGUGGGAGGUGCAGGUACAGGCACCACCCCACUCAGGAUGGUUUCCAUUUCCACCUCUACUUUUCCCUCUGCCUAUAUUUGAGGGCUUUCCUAGUUUUUGUUUACUCCACCCAAAAUAACACUAAUAUAAAGAUGGAGAAAUGGGGGUGGUUAUUUUUUCAGAUUGGAGAGUUGACAGCCCCUGGUGUAGGUCAACUAUUUUCCCCAGUGCAGUUGGAUGCAGAAACAAUGGUGAAGGCCCUUGAAUGCAUUUCUCAGUGGUAGAACCUGGAGGCACAUAUUCCCAGAGGGGAAACAAUACGCUUCCUCCAGUGCAAACCUUCCCACCUUAAAUAGGUCAAGGUCUAAUAGGUUAAUGAGUUUCUUUAUGUACAGUAGAUUAGGGAACUGAGGUUAUGUUUAUAUGAAGUUCUGCCCGUUAGUGAAUUAAAUUCCUAGUAGAUUGGCCAUGCAGUUACCUCAUCUCCUCGAUGCCCUCAGUGUGUCCUCGACUGUUUGCUUUAGAAGAACAUGAGCUUUAUUUUAUGUGCUUAACCUGAGCUGAGUUGGGCCUCUUUGCAUAUGUGCAGUAUGAAAAAUCUUAAUGUACACCUUUUGUAGUCCUUUUUAGGUUGUCCUUUCAAGAGUUUUUGACUAGAUAGUUUCUUUCUCUCUGGACACAUGACCUUCUAGAAGGUUCAGUGUGGGAACCUGGGUCUCCCUGCCUUGUGUUGAGGUUGGCUGGAUCCUUUGUUCCAGUGUCCAUAAGCACCAGACUUCGUCAUUUUAUUGCUGUAGAUUGAUCCAGUGGGUACAUACACUAAUUGACAUGAGUCCUUUUCCUUAUUUAAAGGAGUUUCUCUUGCUGAAAAGUAGAUGAUUACUAUUACUAUAGUGUGAUGAAAGUAUUAAGUUUGUGCUAAAAACCCAUUGCCAUUUGGUACAAAUGACGUGUGUUCUUUCUGUGAAAGAGAGAUGCCCUUGAGUGUGUUUGUACACAGACCCUUACGAUGGUGAGUAAAUGAAGAAGCUUUAGCCUCACGCUGCUUUCGGUGAUGGGUGGUAUCACGGGGAGAUUGCAGGCAGAUUGGGCUCUUCUAAAUCAUUCUCUCAGUUGCUUCACUGGUGAAACAGCCAUGGCCCCUUACUCUUUCCAGCUCAACCUGACUUUAGUAUCUGCCUUGAUAUGCACGUGUUGAAGCUUGUGUGGCUGUGGUGUCAAUAUCUGCAUCUUCCCAGACAGUAGGAAGUGCACGUGUGGGCCCACAACAUGCCCACCUAGCCCUGUGUGUGUGCUCUGUGUUUGCUGUGCUUAGACACAUCUGCAUAGUUUUCAACUGGAAAAAGAAAAAACUUACUACUGUGAUGUCCUAAAAUGAAAGCUGCUAACCAUCACAGGGAGAACAACUGAGGAACCACAGCUAGUCACUGACUGGAAGGACCUGUGCCCAUAGACCACCUGUGGCCCUUCCCCCCCAGGUGCAGGCAGGACCUUGUGAAGAUAGGUAAGAAGUCAGCUCUUUCUCUUUUUGCAAGUAGAAGACAGACUUUUCCAGGAAAUUUUAACAUCUUUUCAAAGCAUCAUGUUUAUUCUAGGAAGCCUUAUUUUCCCGUUUUAGAGCAUGCUGGGUUUAACCUAACUAGUUAAAAAUUGAGUUUUUGUUUCAAGUAAAUGCUCUUUCCAGAUGAAAACUAUGUUUUUCGUUUGAAGGUAAGAAAGGGAGGGGGAAACUUUACUCUUUUAAUUUAAUAAUUACACUCUGAUGAAGUAUUUGAUUUUUAGACAGCAGUGCUACUAAUAAGUUUUAAGUUGUCAGAAAUUAAUUGUAAACAUCAGUCCAGUACUCUUAGUUAUGGC